UCCAACUGUAACAAGAAAGCGAGUCAUUAACGGUUGAAAAUGUGACAGCUUUUGGAAAGACAGAGAGAAGAUGGAACGAACCAAAAGGCAUCUGAAUUGAGAGAGACAGAGAGAGAGGGAGGGAGGGAGAGAGACAGAGUGUGAGUGUCACAUUUCUCGGUUGUCGGUUUGGUGCAACAAAAUGGCACGGAUCGAGAAGGGAAGGAGAUAGGGAGAGAGAGGGAGCGUGAAUAUCGUUAUAAUGUCGAGGUUGACGCAGAGGAAGAAGCUUGGAGGGGUGUUUAGGGGGUCGAUAUGCGGGCAACGAGGGGAAGGAGUAGGAGGAGCAGAGGAUCAGCAACCGCAGAGAGACGAUGGCAGCCAUUACAGCCUCACAGCCGGCAUUCUUCCUCCUCUUGGUAUCACCGCUUUCACCACUCGCCGCGUAAAGCUCCGCCCCUUCAUUUUCUCCCCAUUUGAUCCCCGCUACAGACUCUGGGAGACAUUUCUUGUAUUUCUAGUUUUCUACACGGCAUGGGUGUCUCUCUUUGAAUUUGGAUUCCUAGAAAAACCAAGGGGACCUCUCGCUGUAAUCGAUAAUAUUGUCAAUGGAUUUUUUGCCAUCGACAUUGCAUUGACUUUCUUUGUUGCAUACCUCGAUGAAACUUCUUAUCUCCUCAUCGACAACCCAAAGCAGAUUGCUUGGAGGUACACCAGGACCUGGUUGGCAUUUGAUGUUAUCUCUACAAUCCCUUCUGAGUUUGCUAGGAGCAUAUUGCCCACUUCUCUACAGACUUAUGGAUACUUCAAUUUGCUUCGCCUAUGGCGUCUCCGAAGGGUCAGUAAAAUGUUUGCCAGAUUGGAAAAAGACAGGAACUUUAGCUACUUUUGGGUUCGAUGUGCAAAGCUUAUAUGUGUUACUCUCUUUGCAGUUCAUUGUGCUGCCUGCUGCUUCUAUCUUAUUGCUGCACGUAAUUCUAACCCAAGUAGGACAUGGAUUGCACUUAUCUUGCAAAACUUUCAUGAGCAAAGUUUGUCAAUCCGAUAUGUGACCUCAGUUUACUGGUCCAUCACCACUCUUACAACCACUGGCUAUGGUGAUUUGCACGCUACAAAUACCCAGGAGAUGAUAUUCGACAUUUUCUACAUGCUUUUUGUUCUUGGCCUAACAUCAUAUAUAAUUGGAAAUAUGACAAACUUGGUUGUCCAUGGGACCAGUCGAACAAGGAAAUUUAGAGACACUAUUCACGCAGCCUCGAGUUUUGGACAAAGGAACCGCCUGCCUGUUCGCCUGCAAGAGCAGAUGCUUGAUCAUUUGUGUCUGAAGUACAGAACUGAUUCAGAAGGGCUGCAGCAGCAAGAGUUUCUUGAUUCCCUACCUAAAGCCAUUCAAUCUAGUAUCUCACACUUUCUCUUCUAUUCACUUGUUGACAACGUGUACUUGUUCCGUGGGGUAUCAAAUGACUUUCUUUUCCAACUGGUCUCAGAGAUGAAGGCUGAAUAUUUUCCUCCCAAAGAAGAUGUAAUUUUGCAGAAUGAAGCACCCACAGACUUGUAUAUCCUGGUUACUGGUGCUGUGGAAUUCAUCGUGAAAAAGAAUAAUACAGAAGAGACUAUUGGUGAGGCUAAGACAGGAGAUGUUGUUGGUGAGAUAGGCAUGCUCUGUUACAGGCCUCAACUGUUUACAGUCCGGACCAAACGAUUGAGUCAGCUGCUGCGUUUGAACCGUACUUCUUUUCUAAAUAUUGUCCAGGCAAAUGUUGGAGAUGGGACCAUAAUUAUGAACAAUAUUCUUCAGCAUUUGAAAGAUUUGAGGGACCCACUGAUGGAAGAAAUUCUUACUGAUACAGAGCACUUGCUAUCUUGGGGCAGAAUGUGUUUGCCUCUUAGUUUAUGCUUUGCAACCACCAGAGAUGAUGAUCAACUGUUGCAGCAGUUGCUGAGGCGUGGUUCUGAUCCAAAUGAAAUGGAUAAUGGAGGACGGACAGCAUUGCAUAUUGCAGCAUCAAAAGGAAGUGAGAAUUGUGUAGUUCUACUUCUAGAGUAUGGAGCAGAUCCUAACAUCAAAGAUUCAGAAGGAAAUGUUCCCUUAUGGGAAGCAAUACAGGGGAGGCAUGAAUCCGUGAUUAAAUGUCUCAAGGAAAAUGGAGCAGAGAUAUCUUCUGGCGAUGUGGGUCAUUUUGCAUGCAUUGCUGUUGAGCAAAACAACUUAGAAUUGCUCAAGAACAUUGUCCAAUAUGGUGGAGACGUGACGCGGCCUAAGAGCAAUGGGACUACAGCUCUUCAUGCAGCAGUAUGUGAAGGAAAUACUGAAAUAGUUGAGUUCCUGCUGAACCAAGGAGCUGGCAUUGAUAAACCAGAUGUCACAGGAUGGACACCUAGGGCUUUGGCAGAUCACCAGGGCCAUGAAGAUAUCAAAGACUUAUUCCAGGCCAAACAAGAAGAGGUCAAGAAACCACCAACUGUUCCAGUACUUAAAAAGAAUCCAGUUGUAUCAUUCCUUGGGAAGUACCAGAGUGAACCAACAAUGCCUCCAUAUCUCCACGAAAACGUUCCACCUGCCCGGGAGGAGACAUGGUCAGAUAGUCGUCCAAGGCGAAGGGCUAACAAUUUUCAUGAUUCACUUAUUGGGGUCAUGUCAGCUGCUAAUGCUGGUGUCACAGACCUUAUUGCUUCUGGUGGCAGUUUUGCAAGUGUGCGGAGUUUGAACAGCUUCCCAGCUAGAGUGACACUCAGUUGCCCGGAGAAAGGUGAAGUUACAGGGAAGCUUGUGCUACUGCCUCUUUCCCUUCAAGAACUACUUGAUGUUGGUGCCAAAAAAUUUGGCUUCUCACCAAGCAAAGUUUUAACUAAAGAAGGAGCUGAAAUUGAAGAUAUAGAGCUUAUUAGAGAUGGUGAUCAUCUUGUUCUUGUAAGUGAUGCUGGAAUUGGCAGUUCAAAAAGCCACCAGACGGCCAUUUAGCGCUCAAAUUUGGGUUCUCUCCAAGAGUCGGGCCGGCACCUAGGCAUGUACAUUUUGAGCUAUGGGAGUUGGGAUAUAUAUCCCAUUGAUUUCUCAUAUAUGGUUUUGGUUUUUAUUUUAUUUUUUUUUCUUCAAUUUUUUACUUUGAAAUUUAUUGUUUUUAUGUUUUUGGGUCUAUUGAAGGAAGCAAAAUUACUAGUGAUGGAAUAGAUGAAGAAAAGGCAAAAUACAGUGUUAAUUGUUCAGGCUUGUGUUCUGUGCUCACAGAAUGCGGACCAAAAGGAAGGCGUCACACUUAUAAUUGUAUCACGAUAAUUUUUCUCUUUAAACAUUUGACGGGUAUGUUGUAAUUAAUGUUGAGAUAAAUAAUAAAGUAUAAAUUGCUUUGGUUUUUCUA